UAAUUAGUCAUUGCCAUGGUUAAAUUGUGCCUGUUCUUUCUGUUUCUGAUGGCGGCUGUUUGUCUCCAAGCUGGGGCACAGCUUCAAUAUGAAGCCAAGUCGCACGACAUUACCAUAUCCUUGGAAUCUCUGCUACCCAUGAUAAAACUGAAAGAAGCAUAUGUGAAUAAUUUUAAAAGCUAUGAGGAAGCGUUGAAGAUUCACCUGAAGCAAGUGCAUCUAGCCAUAAAGCAUGCGGAGGAUCUGUUGAGCGCACUAACAGCAAAGCCUGGGCACAAUUUGUGGCAUCAGUUCAGGCUCAUUCGUCACAUGUACUGGGAUUGGCCGCAAUAUUUCAAACUGAUGCAAAAAGUAUUGGGCUCCAAAGAGAUUGCCAUGUCCCAGUCUCGAUUACACGAGCAGCCCACUGGCAUUGAUUUUGAGGAAGCUCUAGGAGCUAUUUAUAAGCUCCAAACCGUUUAUAGCUUGGAUCCCGGAGACAUGGCAGGCGGGAUAUUGCGUGGCAAACGCUACAGUCGUAAGAAGUGGGGACCGAGCGAGUGUUUCAUGUUCGGUCUGGUAAAUCUGUAUAUCAAACACUACGAGACAGCCGAAUAUUGGCUGGAAUUGGCUCUCUUUUACUAUGAUGCCCAUCGCAAUCAAAAACAGUUUGACACAAUGGUCAUGAAAUAUAUAACUAUUUUGGAAAUGCUUGUUGAGGCCACAAAGGGAUUUGGACGUUUUUCCGCAUCUAUUGAGCAUGCCCACGAAGUACUUUCCAUUCAGCCCGAUAACCAGUAUAUGCUGAAGCAGUUGUCCAAGCUGCAGCUGCUGGAAAGUCAGCCCUUUAAACGUUCCCAACCAGAAGAAGAUGUUUUGCACCUACACAAUCUAAAAACCUUGUGUGCAAUGUCGUAUCCUCGAAAAGUAAAUGAUGUCCAUUGUCGCUACCUACGAUCCACGCCGUUUCUACAGCUUGCACCCAUCAGACAAGAGAAUUUGGAUAACGAAGCGCACGUUUACCUAUAUCACGAUCUCUUCAACCAUGAGGAAAUUGAGGCAUUGAAGAGUUUAGCUAGACCCAGACUGAAACGCCAAAAAAUUUCAAGCAAUUUCACCUGCAAGAUAGCCCAGUUGUCGAACUCUGCCCAAGAUAUCAUUCGCACUGUGAAUCGACGCAUUCAGGAUGUUAGUGGAAUGGAUAUGAACGAAAAGGAAGUGCUACAGGUUGUCAAUUAUGGGAUUGCUGGCAGAUAUGAUCUUGAUGACAGUGCGGGCUCUGCAGCUACAGCAUUAAUUUUUAUGAGCAACGUGCAGCAAGGCGGAGAGACAGUCUUCCCCUUUCUCAGCUUACGCGUGAAGCCGCAGAAAGGUUCUUUGCUGCUAUGGCGGAACACCGAUUGGAGUGUCCUGCACAAUUCUUGCCCUCUAAUAAUAGGAAACAUGUGGGUUGCAACGAAGAAAUUGAAUUAAGCACAUGGCAGUUCUGGUUAAGUUCCUGAAACGAUUUAUCGUUUGAAUGUGUUUUGAAUAACAAAAUUAAACUUCUCUC